GACAGCCCUCACAGCAGCAGCAGCAACAGAAGAAGAAGAGAGGACCGCUAGGGAGCUAGCCCUUAGCUUAACAGCCGAAGGAAGUUAGCGUCAGCUGAUAUGUAUCCAGUAUCUGGCUAGCCUCGCUUCUGGUGUCGAAGGGAAGUCAUAUCCUAAGAAAGAGAGGGAAGGACACAUUCAACAGAGAACGACGUCUCGUUCGACAACAUGGAGAAACAGUUGCACUUGAACCUGUUAGCUUCCAGACCUCCUAUGGCAGGUGGCUUUCAGUCUGGCUCCAAGAUGAAAAUGGGACCUGGACGAAAGAAAGACUUCUCCCCCCUGUCCUGGAGUCAGUACUUUGAGACCAUGGAAGAUGUUGAGGUGGAAAAUGAGAAUGGCAAAGAUAUUUUCAGAAUUUACUGCAGUGGUGCCCACGGCCCUGUGCUGCUCCUUCUCCAUGGUGGAGGCCACUCUGCGCUUUCCUGGGCAGUGUUCACCGCUGUCAUAUGCAGCAGGAUCAACUGCAGGGUGGUGGCUAUGGACCUUCGAGCUCAUGGCGACACCAAAGUGAAAAGUCCUGAAGAUCUCUCUGCAGACACGAUGGCCAAGGACAUUGGCAAAGUGGUGGAAAUGCUCUAUGGAGAGAACCCUCCUCCGAUCAUGAUUAUUGGACACAGCAUGGGUGGGGCCAUUGCAGUUCACACAGCCGUUGCCAAUCAUAUACCAUCCCUGCUCGGCCUUUGUGUUAUUGACGUUGUAGAAGGUACAGCGAUGGAUGCUUUGAACAGUAUGCAGAAUUUCCUCAGAAGUCGGCCAAAGACAUUUAAGUCUCUGGAGAAUGCCAUUGAGUGGAGUGUGAAGAGUGGCCAGAUCCGGAACAUCGAGUCAGCGCGGGUGUCAAUGGGAGGCCAAGUGAAGAAAUGCGAGGAGACCACCAGCAGUCCAGCAGUCUCAAAUAGCAUCGGUGAAGGUAUCAUAGAAGAGGAGGAGGAUGAAGAAGAAGAAUCCAACAAGAAAAGAAUGAAGGAAGACGAUCAGGAGAUGAAAAAGGAAAGCAUCUUCACCUGGCGAGUGGAACUGUCGAAGACAGAAAAGUACUGGGACGGCUGGUUCCGAGGCCUGUCUGCCCUCUUUCUCACCUGCCCUGUACCAAAACUGCUUCUGCUGGCAGGAGUGGACCGGCUCGACAAAGACCUCACUAUUGGACAGAUGCAAGGGAAAUUUCAGAUGCAAGUCCUCCCUCAGUGUGGUCACGCUGUCCACGAGGACGCACCUGAAAAAGUAGCAGAUGCUCUAGCAACAUUUAUGGUCCGGCACAAAUUCACGGAGUUUAAGGACGGAUAUCUUUGCUAAUGUCCAGUUUUCAGUCUAAAUCUAGCCAGCAGCCAUAGAAGAAAUGUUUCAAGAGGCAUCAGCGCCAUUUAACAGAAAGUUAAGGAAAUGACGAACAUUAUUAUUAUUAUUAUUAUAUUAUUAUAAAUAUUAUAACUAUCAUGUUGCAUUUGUUGUGUAGAUGCUUUGUCUGUCAGCUUUGCCUUAUUUUGUUGAGUUUUUUUCAAACACUGGGAUUUGAUUUUAUUCCUCCUUUACAAUUUAUAUUUUUUUAAUUUCUGAAAUGUAAUGCUCUCCUCGUUGUCAUCUUUUAUUUGGAGUGAUCGCAUCAUGGUCGAUGUGUUUGUAAUGUUUGAAUUCAAACAAUGAUUAAAGAUGGAUGCAGCAAACAUGCGUCACCCAUG